AUGGCAAACAGAAGAGAUGAUCCUGACAAUGUGCCGUUGCUCCAUGCUCAAACGGGUCCGGCUAAAAUACCAGCAUCCCGUAUUACGAUUUCCCACGAGAGACCUCAAUCAACUAGCGGAAUGCGAACGGCAAUACUUGUGUGGCUAACAUUACAAAAUAGUAUCCACACUCUGUUAAUUCGGUACUCUCGAGCUAGAGAGGUUGAACACAUGUUCUUAUCGACGGUAGCCGUGUUUUUUACCGAGGUUAUGAAGUGCGUGGUGUGCCUAGGAGUGGUUCUACACGACGAGUCUAUGAAAGGAUUCUUUCCGGCGUUAAUGAAUCAAGUGGUUCGACAACCUUAUGAUACGUUAAAGGUCUGUAUUCCGGCAAUGGUGUACAUAGUUCAAAACAACUUGUUCUAUGUUGCUGCCUCGCAUUUGGAUGCUGCCACUUUUAUGAUUACAUCUCAACUCAAAAUAUUCACGGCAGCUAUUUUCACAGUCAUCAUAUUAAAGCGGUCUUUGACACGGACUCAAUGGAUUGCAUUGACCGUACUCUUCGUUGGUGUUUCCCUAGUUCAACUGCAAAGUUCGAAAGCAGAUUCAGAUGGGAUCGAUGGUCAACAACCAUUUAUAGGGUUUAUCGCCGUAGUAAUUGCAUGUUGUCUGUCUGGUUUUGCUGGAAUCUACUUUGAAAAAAUUCUCAAAGGUUCUGCUCCCGUUUCAUUGUGGAUGCGAAAUGUACAAAUGUGUGUUUUUGCUAUUCCCGCAUCGUUCGGUGGUGUCAUGUGGCAGGAUGGAAAAGUUGUAAUGGAACAUGGGCUGCUUUACGGAUUCGACUGGGUUGUAUGGCUGACGGUUCUCUGGUAUUGUAUUGGAGGAUUAUCCGUAGCUGUGUGCAUUAAAUAUGCAGAUAAUAUAGCGAAGAACUUCGCAACUUCUGUAGCAAUUAUCCUCGCCACCGUCGGUUCCAUGGUUAUCUUCAACUUCCAACCAUCACCUUUAUUCACAUUAGGAGCCGCUCUAGUGAUCUUUAGUAUCUUUAUGUAUUCAUCAUCGCAGUCAAUGAUAUCAGCUUUCCGGCGGAUCGUAAAGACUGAAAUCUCUUCAAUCGAUAAGCUGACUCUAACAUCUGCUGUAAGCACAUCCGGCAAUGUUUACUUCAUUCACGGGAUUUUCUUUUUUCGUUCUGGAUUUUUAGGUGAUUGGAAUAAUUCACCGCAGAGGAUGUAUUUUAUAUGGACGCUCACGUUAUCUUCUGAUCAUGUCAUGUUUCCGGUCAAGUGA